CUAACACAUCUCAAAACUAUUUCCAAAAGGCCAGGUGAAAGACGAAGAAGAAGUUUCUCCAUUAUUAAAAAAAUGGACAGCUACAUUGGCUCCAAACACCAUCCCAUAGUAGUUGGUGAUGCUCAUGGCUUGAAGAAAUUUUGGGAAGAAAUAAUUGAAGCAUACACCAAGCAAAAAGAAGAAGAAGAUUCUCGAUUGCACGGAAGUGCUUUAAAUAAGCUCCGACAUGAAUGGACUCUAAGGCUGGAAAAUCAAAUUAAGAUGCUUCAGAAGAACAGUGAAAAUGGCAAAGUGCGGGAUAACCUGUCUCCAAUUGAAAAUUUUAGCCAAACUGCUGACCAGACUUGAUUUUGAUCCUCGAUGUUUCAUUAUGAAUGUGAACAGAAAUUCAAGUGACACCUGAAUUAUAAAUAAGUUAUUAAAAGACACAGCAUGGGUACUUUUUGCAAUCUUUUUAUCAACCAAUAGCAAAAAGGGGAGGGGGAACCCCACUAAUUCUUAGUUGAAUAUUGAUCAUUUAUAUGUAUCAUUAAUUUCCACCUGCAGUCUUAGCUACUUAUAUUUGACAGGUGAUAGCACUAUAGUCUUUAAAUGUGGAAAAGUCCUCUUUAUUAUGCCAAUUAUCAAUGAAUGUAGUGGUUAACUUUGGCUAAUAUAGUGUAGUUACUUGUGUAUCUUGAAAUGCUGUCCAACGCUUUGGAUUCUUGAGGCUGAAACAAUGUUAGUUUUAGGAAAACAAACAGUCUUCUCACAGGGAUGCAUUAGAAGUAAUAAAAUUUCUCCCACAAUUUAUUUUUCCCCCAAGUUGAAUUUAAUAUUAGAUC